AUGGUUACCUCCAUCAUCAACACGAGCCGUACCUCCAUCAUCAACACGAGCCGCCAAACUCCAUCAUCAACACGAGCCGUACCUCCAUCAUCACCAACACGAGCCGUAACUCAAUCAUCAACACGAGCCGUACCCAUCAUCAACACGAGCCGUACCUCUCCAUCAUCAACACGAGUCAACUCAACCAUCAACACGAGCCGUACCUCCAUCAUCAACACGAGCCGUACCUCCAUCAUCAACACGAGCCACCUCCAUCAUCAACACGAGCCGUACCUCCAUCAUCAACACGAGCCGUACCUCCAUCAUCAACACGAGCCGUACUCUCCAUCAUCAACACGAGCCGUACUUCCAUCAUCAACACGAGCCGUAACUCAAUCAUCAACACGAGCCGUACCCAUCAUCAACACGAGCCGUACCUCCAUUCAUCAACACGAAGCCGUACCAAUCAUCAACACGAGCCGUACCUCCAUCAUCAACACGAGCCGUAACCUCCACCAUCAACACGAGCCGUACCUCCAUCAUCAACACGAGCCGUACCUCCAUCAUCAACACGAGCCGUACCUCCAUCAUCAACACCGAGCCAGCCCAUCAUCAACAACACGAGCCGUACCUCCAUCAUCAACACGAGCCGUACUCCAUCAUCAACACGAGCCGUACCUCCAUCAUCAACACGAGCCGUACCCCAUCAUCAACACGAGCUGCACCAACCAUCAACACGAGCCGUACCUCCAUCAUCAACACGACACUCAAUCAUCAACACGAGCCGUACCUCCAUCAUCAUCACGAGCCGUACUUCCAUCUCAACACGAGCCGUACUUCAUCAUCAACACGAGCCGUACCCAUCAUCAACACGAGCCGUACCUCCAUCAUCAACACGAGCCGUACCUCCAUCAUCAACACGAGCCGUACCUCCAUCAUCAACACGAGCCGUACCUCCAUCAUCAACACGAGCCGUACCUCCAUCAUCAACACGAGCCGUACCUCCAUCAUCAACACGAGCCGUACCUCAAUCAUCAACACGAGCCGUACCUCCAUCAUCAACACGAGCCGUACCUCCAUCCAAAAUAA